AUGGAUAUGGAUUUAAUACUUCAAUCGUUACUUCUAAUAAUAUCUUAAUUUCUUUUCCAAGAGUAAAUUAUUUUCUAAAAGAUAAGAUGAAAUUUUGAAAUUCAAAUUAUAAUUAUCUUUUGUAGGUGAAAUAUCAAACUUGCCAAGUCAAAAAAAAAAAAAAAAAAAAAAAAAAAACUUAUUUUAUUGUAGUUAGUUUCGUAAAGCAUUAAACAUCACAAUCAAGUUUCUAAUUUAUAACACUAUUAUAUAUUUAAGAUAUUCAAUUAUUCAUAAACAAUCUUUUAAUUCCUUGAAAAUGGCGUGUUUAGCGCCCAUUGUUUUGUAUUCUCUCCAUUGACUUCCAUGUCAAUAAGUUGUUCUUUAAUUAUGUUCCUCUAAGUGAACUAGUUGUUGGACCUAACAAUCCAUUUUUCCAAUUCAAUAUUUCUAAAAACUAAGGGUUGAUAAUGGAGAAUCAUAAGGGUUUGGGGUUCCAUCUCAUUUUCAUAACUAUUUCUUUGGUUGCAACCACAAAUACUUGUUUGGGUGUUGAAAAUAUUAGUUUCAUUUGCUCUGAGCAAGAGCGAAUUGCUCUUCUCAACUUCAAACAAAGCGUCAAAGAUCCUUCCGGAAUGUUGUCAUCAUGGGUUGGCAAUAACUGUUGCACGUGGGAAAGAAUCGGUUGUGAUCAUAUCACUGGAAAUGUAGAAAGUGUCCAUCUUGAAGGAGACCACUCUUUUUUUUUAUGGCAACUCGUUCUUACUUGGUGAUGAGGUGAAUCCUUCUUUGGCUGAGUUGAGGCAUCUCAAAUACUUGGACUUGAGUGGGAAUGAUUUUGGAGGAAGCCGGAUCCCUAACUUCAUUCGAUCCUUCAAACAGUUGGCCUACCUCAAUCUCUCUUGGAAUGAAGUGUUGAUGGAAGAUGAUAUGACAUGGACUUUUGGCCUUUUGUCACGCCAGCAUCUCAACUUUAAUUAUUUGGAUCUUAGCGGAGCACAAAAUUGGGAUAUGAUGCUUUACAUGAUUCCUUCGUUAAAAGAGUUAAGUUUGUCAUCAUGUAAACUUUCCAAGAUUGUUCAUUCUCAUUCUCUUAAUUCGAGUAGAAUAAUUCCAAACAUCAAACAUCUAGAUCUUAGCUUCAAUUAUUACCAAGGUCCACUCCCUGGAUUUUUUCAAAACAUGACCUCCCUCACAUUUCUUGAUCUUUCAACCUUUAAUCUAAAGUUUUACAGGGAGUUUUACAAACUUGCUAAACAUGAUUCCUUCUGUAUCAGAGUUGCAUUUGACAUAUUGUGGGCUCGACAAGAUGUAUUUAUCUCCCCCUCAUCUUAAUUUAAGUACCCUUUCUAACAUCCAACACCUGGAUUUUAGCGGAAAAUCAAUUGAAGGCAUAUUUCCAUCUUAUUUAACAAACAUGAGUUCCCUAAGAGUCCUUGACCUUUCAGGAAAUUCGCUGACUUCAUUGGUUUCUAACAUGCCUAAUCUUCUAGAGCUUGAUCUAUCACACAACAGAUUGAUAGGUCCGAUUCCUGAAUCUGUGAAAAGAUUAAGAUCUUUACUAGUGUUAGAUGUAUCUGACAACAUGUUAACAGGCCCCAUUCCAACAUUUGUUGGAAGCCUUGUAAAACUUGACCUUUCUUUGAAUCAAUUAAAUGGUCCUAUCCCAACAUCUCUAGGGAGUCUUGUUUCAUUACAAGAACUUUUGAUGUCUUCCAAUUUGUUAAAUGGGACUAUUCCGGUUUCUUUUGGUCAACUUUCCAAACUCCAUUCUCUAGAUCUCUCUUACAAUUCUUUUGAAGGAGUAGUUUCCGAAGCUCAUUUUGCUAACCUUUCGAUGUUGAGGAACUUGGAUACUUCUUAUAACUCUAAGUUGACAUUCAAUGUUUCACGGGAGUGGAUACCUCCAAUUACUAUCUCUCCAUCUCAGUUCUUGCAAUAUCUUAAAUGGGUUUCCUCAAUGGCUUCAAAAUCAAAGGAAUCUUGAGGCAUUAAUGUUGUCAAAUGCUACAAUUUCGGGAACCUUGCCCACAUGGUUGCGGAAGAUGCCCAUCGUUCCUCUCAUAGAUCUCUCUCACAAUAAACUCAAUGGACCUCUUACAAAUCUUCCUAAUGCAGGAUAUUCUGAUGUGUCUACGAGAAGAUUUACCUCGGGAAUAUUUCUUCAAAAUAACCUUUUCAAUGACUCGAUUCCAAUGUCAUUAUGUAGAAGGACAUAUUUGGAAUUACUUGAUCUUUCAAGAAAUAGGUUAAGUGGGAAAAUCCCCAUGUGUCUUGCGAAUCUUGAAUGGUUGGGUACCAUGAUAUUUAGCUCAAAUCAGUUAUCCGGUGUGUUUCCAAGUUCAAUAGCUCUUAAGUGUUCAGUAUUAAUUCGGUUAAAUUUGAAUGACAAUAAAUUUACUGGUAAACUUCCUAGAGCUUUGGGGAAUUUACAAUCAUUAGUGGUCUUAGAUUUGGGUGAUAAUCAAUUCUCUGGAAAUAUACCCGAAUCGAUAGGAGAAAAUCUUACAUCUUUGUUAGUUUUGAGAUUGCACAAAAAUAACCUAACCGGAAGUAUUCCUCAGUCACUAUGCAAAAUUUCAAAACUUCAUAUUUUCGAUGUUGCAUACAACAACUUAACGGGAACAAUCCCACAUUGUCUUGGAGAGUUAAAUGGAAUGGUUAAGGGAAGUGUGGUACUGGUGGAUACCAUUGAUGAUAUCGAUGAUGAUCAAAAUGUGAUUCAGAGCACGAAAGGUGUUGAUCUUGAAUAUACAACAACUUUGCAAUUGGUUUACAACAUGGACCUUUCAAGCAAUAAUUUUUUUGGAGAAAUACCUGUAGAGAUAACUGCACUUUCUAUGUUGAUGAGUCUCAAUUUGUCUAAUAAUCUUCUCAGUGGGGGUAUUCCGGACAAUAUUGGAAAAAUGACGAUUUUAGAAUCUCUAGAUUUCUCAAAUAAUCAGUUGAGUGGGAUGAUCCCUCCAAGCAUGGUUGCUUUGAACUUUUUGAGCCAUUUGAAUUUGUCGAACAACAAUUUGUCGGGACGAAUUCCAACAGGAAAUCAGUUGCAGACACUUACUGAUCCAUCAAUAUAUGCUGGGAACAAAGAUCUUUGUGGGUUUCCAGUGAUAAAGAAUUGCUCCAAUCAUGAGGAAGACCCAACAAUAGUUUAUAAGAAGGAGCCUACGAAGGUAUGGUUGUUCUAUGUGGACAUAAUGAGUGGUUUUGCAACAGGGUUUUUGGGUGUUAUUGGAGUUUUGUUUUUCAAGAAGAAAUGGAGACGGAAGCUUUUCAUGUUUGUUGAGGAAACCAUGGACAAGAUUUACGUUGUAGUUGUGGUAAGAGUUGCCAAAAUGAAGAGAGGAAGAGAAACAAUAUAGAUUCUCUUGAAUGCAAAUAAUUCUUUAAUAUAUGUUAUCAAUGACUAUUUUGCUUAUUUAAUACUGAUGUUGUGCUUAUUCAUAAGACUGUUUGGAUUUUAUAUGUGUAUGACAUUUGUGUCUUAUAUGGAUUUUAUAUGUGUAUUGUAUUUGU